ACAACAGGUCUACAGCUUCUGCCCUCAGACAGUUGGAUACGUUGAGCGGCAUGGAAGCUAAGUUUUUCUCGGCGGUGAUGAUUUUGAUUACUCUCUUGUUCGCUGAUGGCGAUGAAGGUUCAUCAGUUACUGCAAGAGCUCCAACCUCUCGGAAGACAGCUAACGGUGAAAUCGCUCAUUUUACCUGCACCUUAAAAUACAAUCUUUCUUCUGCCGAAAUCACGUGGCAGAAACAAGGGCACAAUCUGAGAGAUGGUAGCUCUGGUGUAGUGAUAAUAUCCUGGAACAACGGCACCAUCUUGGAAAGUCAUCUUCUUGUUGCAGUGACGGAUGAUGACGAAAGGAGAGGUACUUACACAUGUGUUGGGACAGAUGAAGAUGGACAAUCACGAAGAUCAUUUGUGAUACAAGGCCAAGCAGCAAAGAAGCUGAGUGACGUUGAUUACACUGCCAUUGGCGUGGCGAUUGGAAUCUUUCUGUGUCUUUCUACGGUGAUUCUUGUUUACUUGGUCCGGGGCCGAAAGCGUCUUCAAGAAGGAAAGUUAAGAACAAUGACAACAAUAUCUCAUUCAGUAACUGGGCAUGACAAUGCUGCUGUCGAAGAAGGAGAGAACACAAGUGCUGGAAUCACCCUUAAUACUCUAACUGAUCAGAGCCCUUCUAGUAAGGACUCUAAGCUGUAAAGCAUGUGUCUUAGAAAGUCGCCCGUGUCACGAAGC